CUGAACUAAUAAAGAACAACAUGCACAUAGAAGAAGAAAACCAGUCAGAUAGGGAAAUAACAAACCAAAUACUAAUAACAGCUUUCUCUAAAACAUUUAAAAAAAAAAAUACAAAUAAAACAAAGCUCAAGGACAAGAAGUUCAAAGAAGAUCAAGAAAUUCCUCUAGAAGAUAUACUUGAUGACAGUAAAAGAAUGUAUGAAAAAGAAGCUUAA